AUGUCCCAAUCCCCUGCUAUCACCAUUUCAUAUGGGCCAGAUCUCAAUGCCAUCCCCGGCGAGGGCUUCAUCCAUGAGAAUAGCUGGUACAACCAAGACUUUGACGGAUACCGUAUCUCAGAACAGCCGCUGUUCGCGAAGCGCCAUCUUCGACUUAUCUGCGUCGGCGCAGGUGCAACGGGCCUCCAACUCGCAUACAAAGCAGAACGUAUCUUAGAGAAUAUCGACCUGCAGAUAUACGAGAAGAAUGAUGAUAUCGGAGGUACAUGGCUGGAAAACAGGUAUCCGGGCUGCGCUUGCGACAUCCCCAGCCACAGCUAUCAAUUUCGGUGGGCCAGGCGAGAAGCCUGGUCGUCCUUCUAUUCGCCGUCGGAAGAGAUAUGGCAGUAUUUCAAAGAUAUCUCUAAUCGGUUUAAGCUGGAAAAGUAUAUCAAGUUUAACUCGGUCGUUGAGUCCGCGACGUGGGACGAGGAGGAAGGGAAAUGGAAUCUGCAGAUCAAAACCCCCGAGGGUCCGAUUGCCGACUCGUGCGACAUCUUGAUCAGCGCCUCAGGGGUGUUGAACUCGUGGAAGUAUCCGGAUAUCCCUGGCCUUGAGGGGUUCAAGGGCAAGUUGAUGCACAGCGCCAACUGGGAUGCCUCGUUGGACUUGGAUGGCAAAAAUGUGGCUGUCAUUGGAGGCGGAUCAUCUGGUGUCCAGAUCAUUCCCUCCAUUCAACCACAGGUGAAAAAGCUUACAGCUUUUUUGAGGUCUCCCGUCUGGGUGAUCACUGGCAUCGGCGGUGUACAUUCUGGUCCAGGAGGGACAAACUUCAAGUAUUCUACCGAGCAGAUACAACGAUUCAAAGAUCACCCCGAGGAAUACGACCAGUACUGCCGCGACCUUGAAGGCGAGCUCAACAAGCGCUUUUCCCUGAUGCACUCCCUAGGUGCUGAUCAGAAAAGGUCCCGGGAGGCUAUUUCCAAACUCAUGUCGGAGCGGUUGGGUCAUGAUGAGCGACUUACUUCCACCAUGAUCCCUCAAUUCGGAUUGGGAUGUCGCCGAAUGACACCGGGCUCGGGAUAUCUUGAGUCCUUGGCAAAACUGAAUGUGGAGGUCAUCAAUCAGUCCGCUACUAGGGUCACUGAGGAGGGGAUCAUCGAUGAAUCAGGGGUCGAGCACAAAGUGGAUGUUAUCAUCUGUGCAACGGGAUUCAAUACAUCCUUUUCGCCCCAAUUUGAGAUUGUCGGUCGCAACGGCGCCAAUCUUAAACAGCAAUUUGGAGACUUCCCGGUCGGAUAUCUGGCGAUCAUGGCUGCCAACUUUCCAAAUCUGUUCCUUGUUAUGGGGCCUAACGGGCCUGUCAGCCAUGGCUCAGUUCUUCCGAUCGUGGAAUGGAUGAUAAGGUAUAUCUUCCAGGUAGUUGAGAAGGUACAGCAGGAGAACAUCAAGUCCUUCGAGCCGAAAAUAGGUGCCGUGAAGGACCUAUAUAAUCACACUCAUGAAAUCAUGAAACGCCUAGUGUGGUCGUCUAAAUGUAGCUCCUGGUUCAAGAAUGGCAAAAAGGAAGGCCCUGUCACGGCCAUCUACCCUGGGAGUCGGCUUCAUUUCUUUGAGAUGCUGAAGAAUGUUCGGUGGGAGGAUUUUGAGCUCGAGUAUCGGUCAAGCAAUAGAUUUCAGUUUAUGGGAAACGGGUACACGCAGUGCGAGAUAGACCCCGAUGGCAACAAGGUCUGGUAUUUUGAUGACGAGUUCACUCAGGUAUAG